GAAAGUAAACCUUUCGGGUGAGGCUGUGGCACAGGGGCACACUCCUUAGUGAGGUCUGCUACUAAAGCUCAUCCAGGAAGUUUAUUUUUGAGCUCCAAAGGCAGAGAAGCACAGGAACAGCAUGGGCAGAAAGCCAUUGUAUCUUCUGAUUGUGGUGGUCCUCGUGGCGUAUUAUCUUCGUACGACUAUCCCAGAUAAUUUUGAGGAGCCUUGGAGACUAAUGUGGUACAAUGCAUAUCUGAAAAUUUUUGUACAUUUGGGUGCAUUUCUGGAGUUUCUGGGACUUUACAAUUUUUUGGAUUUGCUAGCAGUAAUUACAGCAUUAAAUGAAGUUCCUCCAACUUCAGAUGAAAAUGUCACUGUAAUUGAGACAAAAUUCAACAACACUCCUGUCCAUGUGUAUGUGCCAAAGAAGAAGACAGAGGCACAGCGAAGAGCUGUAUUUUUUAUGCAUGGUGGUGGCUUUUGUUGUGGAAGUGCUGCUUUACGUAAUUAUGAUCUCCUCUCAAGAUGGACAGCAGAGAGACUUGAUGCUGUUGUUGUAUCUAGCAACUACAGAUUAGCACCAAAGUAUCAUUUCCCAACCCAAUUUGAAGAUGUAUAUACUGCCUUCAAGUGGUUCUUAAGUGACAAUGUUCUGGAAAGCUAUGGCGUAAACCCUGAGAGAAUCUGUGUUGCGGGAGACAGUGCAGGAGGAAACUUAGCUGCAGCAAUUACUCAGCAGCAAUUACAUGACCCAGAUGUGAAGAUCAAACUCAAGAUGCAGUUCCUAAUUUAUCCUGCACUUCAGGCUUUCGACUUAGAUUCUCCAUCAUACAGAGAAUAUUCACAUAUGCCAAGUCUGUCAAAAUCACUGUUGGUCCGGCUCAUGAGUGAAUACAUUACCACAGACAGGAAGCUGGAGAAGGCCAUGCUUUCCAAUCGACAUGUACCUGAAGAAUACAGUCAUCUCUUCAAGUUUGUUAACUGGAGCUCCUUGCUCCCUGAAAGGUUUAGAAAAGGACAUGCCUAUAACAACCCAACUUAUGGUAGUCCUGAGUUGUCUCAGAAGUACCCUGGGCUCCUAGAUGUGAGGGCAAUGCCUCUGUUGGCAGAUGACAGCAAGCUGCGUGGUUUACCCCUCACCUAUGUCCUCACGUGUCAGUAUGACAUCUUAAGAGAUGAUGGACUCAUGUAUGUCACCAGACUUCGGAAUGCUGGUGUUCAAGUGACCCAUAACCAUGUGGAGGAUGGAUUCCAUGGAGUAUUUGCCCUUCUGGAAUUUAAAAUUGGUUACAGACUGAUAGAUCAAUACAUUGAUUGGCUAAAAGAAAAUCUAUAGUGAAAUGUGUACUAAUAUAUUUUACAAAUAUCGUCAAUCUCAAAGCUUCAGAAAAUUGGGGCCCAGGAGAUAGCUUAGUAGAAUA